AUGACCCAGGUACUUGAAUUCGACGCGCUGGUAGUAGGAGCCGGAUUCGGUGGCAUAUACCAGCUAUACCGGCUCCGCGAGCUCGGACUAAAUGUCGUGGUCAUUGAUGCUGCUGGAGAUGUCGGAGGAACCUGGUACUGGAAUCGCUAUCCAGGAGCGAUGAGCGACACAGAAAGCUACAUCUAUCGGUACAGCUGGGACAAGGAGGACCUUCUCAAAUAUCACUGGAAGGAGCAUUAUGUCAAGCAACCAGAAGUGCUCGCCUACCUUGAACAUGUUGCUGAUCGCUACGACCUGAAGAAGCAUAUGCACUUUAACACAGAGCUGAAAGACGCGAGAUGGGAUGAUACAACGCACAGAUGGGUCAUUCAGACUUCGACCGGGAACGAAUACAGGGUUCGAUAUUUGCUUGGCCUUUUGUCUAAGCAACAUUUCCCGCCCUACCCGGGCAUCGGAGGAUUUAAGGGAGAGAUGUAUCACACGGGCAAGUGGCCCCAUCAGCACGACUUCAGCAACAAGAGGGUUGGCGUUAUUGGUAAUGGCAGCACUGGCGUUCAAGUCAUCACAGCCUUAGCAAAACAGGUCAAGUCCCUCCUCUCCUUCCAACGAACACCUCAAUACUCUGUCCCAUCUGGCGAUGGGCCAGUCGAUGCCAAAUAUCGCGAGAAGAUCCAAAUGAAUUACGACAAUAUCUGGAAUCAAGUUAGGCAGUCCAAUGUCGCCUUCGGCUUCGUUGAGUCCGAUAUAUCCGCCAAGUCUGUCUCGCCCGAGGAACGCGAGCGCAUAUUCGAAGAAGCCUGGCAGAUGGGUAACGGCUUCCGCUUCAUGUUCUGGACCUUCAACGAUCUUACUACAGACCCUGAAUGCAACGAAUAUGCCUGCGAGUUUAUCCGCAAGAAAAUACGGCAAACGGUCAAAGACCCAGUCAAAGCCGAAAAGCUGUGCCCCCAGGACUUCUACGCGCGCCGCCCCCUCUGCGACGCCGGGUACUACCAACAAUUCAACCGGCCCAACGUCGACAUCGUAGACCUACGAAAAGUGCACAUUGCCGAAUUCACGCCGCACGGCAUCCGCACCUCAGACAACGUCGAGCACGAGCUCGACGUCAUCAUCUUCGCCACGGGCUUCGACGCCGUCGAUGGCAACUACACACGCGUCGCCAUCAAGGGCCGCAGCGGCGCCUCCCUCAAGGAGCACUGGGCCGACACUGGCCCCACCACCUACCUCGGCGUCUCCGUGCCGGACUUCCCCAACCUCUUCAUGAUCACGGGCCCCAACGGACCCUUCACCAACAUCCCACCCACGAUCGAGACGCAUGUCGAGUGGAUCAGCGAGCUGAUCGGCAAGGCGGAGAAGGAUAGGAAGGAGAAGAGUGAUGGCGGCGGCGGCGAAGACAUUAUUGUCGAGGCGACGCCCGAGGCGGAGGAAGGCUGGACGCAGCUGUGCAAGGACCUCAGCGAUAAGAGUCUCUUCAAGCUCACGGCCAGCUGGAUCUUUGGCGCCAAUGUCCCGGGGAAGAAGAAUACCGUCAUGUUCUACUUUGGUGGGCUGGGGAAUUAUAGGAAGAAGCUGGAGGAGGUGAGGCAGGGCGGGUAUCGGGGCUACAAGCCUUUUUGA